AUGAAACUGUUUGUUGUUGCUGCUUUGAUUGCUGUAGCCUCUGCUGCCCGCCUGGAGCAUCUCGAGCGUUCCUACUUGCCACCUGACAACAACAACUACAGCGGCUUCAAUUCUAACGGAGCUAAAGGAUUCGGAGCUAGCGCUGGUACACAAAAUGGUUUUGGUGCGAUUGGCUCUCCAAAAAACGGUUUCGGCAACGGUCAUAGCUCUGCCAGAAAUGGAUUUAGUGGCGCCAGCAAUAAUGGUUUCAGCAACGGCCAGAACUCUGGCAGCAACGGUUUUGGUCUGAAUGGACACAGUUCCAACGGCUUUGGUCCUUCCAGUGGUUCCAGUGGAUUUGGUGCUAAUGGCCAUAGUUCCAAUGGAUUUGGUUCUUCUCAAGGCUCAAACGGUUUUGGCGCUAAUGGACACAGCUCUAAUGGAUUUGGUUCUUCUCAAGGUUCAAAUGGAUUUGGUAUUAACGCUGGAGCCGCCGGUAAAAACAGCGCUUUCCCUGGUGCCACAUCCAACCAGUACCUUCCUCCUGAUCACGGACCCUCUUCUGCUAUAUCCAACGGUUUCAAUGGAAACGGAUUUUCAUCCCAAUCUUCAUCAGGUCGCUUCCCUAGCCAGCAGUACAGCCUUAACUCCGCUGGCUCCAGCUUCGGUUCAUCCCAUGGAUCUGCCGGAUCUGGAUCAUUCGGAUCUGCCGAAUCUGGAUCAUUUGGCUCUGUCGGAUCUGGAUCAUUCGGAUCUCAAGCACCUUUCGGUUCUCAGCCGCAGUUCGGAGCAGCCAGCCGUCAAUACCUGGCCCCUAAGUCAUCAUCCUUCCAGAACAUUCCUCAACAGUCUUUCGAUGAGCAAACCGGCUACCACUACUGAAAAGUCAAACAAUUUGCUUAGUUCAUGAUUGUGUUCAAACAUGUAAUUCAUAUGUAAUAAAUGAUAUAAUUGUAUUUUA